GCAUUUUCAAAAUUCACUUCCCUUGUUCUCUCUCUUGUGGGUAGGGUUUCGAAAUCAAACCAAAUCAAAAGUUCCAACGAGGGAAAAUAAAAAUAAAAAGGAAGAGAAAGAUAAUUAGAAGAAAAAACGGUAUUCCGGAUCAAGAUUUAUGAAUUUAUUAAGGCGUUAUUGGGUGGGAGUUACGGACAUUUGGCGGAAUCAAUUAAUUUCAUUUUUCUUAAUUUUAGAGUGAUUUUGAAGAACCCUAAAAACCCCAGAAAAUGAACCUAGUGGAAUCAUCAAUGGCUUACUUGGCUGCUUCCGGAAGUGACACGGUCAAAUUAUUCGAUGUUUCAGAAGAUGCGGACCGAGAUCCAUGUAUAUUGAGUUAUACGCCUUCACCAGGAUCACAAGUGAACUCCGUCAAGUGGAAUCACACUAAUUUAGUUGUUGCCAGUGGUGGAGAUGAUAAUAAGAUUUCGUUGUGGCAGAAAAAUGGUCAAAGUUUGGGUACCAUCCCACUUUCUGGUGUUGAUAGUGGAGAUAACAUGGAGGAAUCGAUUUCUACUAUCAGCUUUAGCAACAAGAGUUCUAGGUAUAUAUGUUCUGGAGGAAGUGGUCAAGUUGUAAGGAUAUGGGAUUUGCAAAAAAAACGUUGUAUCAAAAAGUUGACGGGUCACACUGAUACCAUUACGGGGGCAAUCUACAAUUGCAAAGAUGAGCAAUUAGCAUCUAUUAGUCUAAAGGGUGAUCUCAUUCUUCAUAAUCUUGCAUUUGAAGCAAAGACUGAGCUGAAGGACCCAAAUGGACAGGUAUUAAGAGUGCUUGAUUAUUCUAGAAUUAGUCGCCACCUCUUGGUAACUGCUGGUGAUGAUGGUUCUGUGCACCUGUGGGAUACAGCAGCACGUAAUUCAAAGCCAAAGGCGUCUUGGCUAAAGCAGCAUUCAGCACCAACAACUGGGGUCAGCUUUUCUCCAACAAAUGAUAAGAUGAUUGCUACUGUAGGUCUCGACAAAAAAUUAUAUACGUAUGAUUGUGGGACUAAAAGACCCCCAAUUUGUAUGUCAUAUGAGGCACCUUUCACUUCGCUGGCAUAUAGAGAUGAUGGUUGGACGCUGGCUGCUGGAACAAAUAAUGGGCAAGUGGUUUUCUAUGAUAUUCGUGGGAAACGGCAACCUAUUACAGCGCUCCGGGCUUAUAGUAACUCAGAGGCUGUUACAAGUUUAUGCUGGCAAAGGUUGAAACCUAUUAUCGUGAAUGAAAGUAAUUGUACUGCUGAGACUGCUCUCCUGGGAGGUGCUGGCGAAGAUUCAGUACUAAUGCCAGAUCCACUUCCCUCUGUAUCAUCCUCGACUGUUUCUACGUCGACAUCAUUGCCUGGGUCCAGAAAUAGCGGGCGAUCGGGUCUUCCUGGGGAUGCAUUUUCUCUUACAGCAGCUAAUGGUGUGUCAAUGUCAAACAAUCUAUUCAUGUCCACCGCAGAGGAGACACCUCAUAAGAAUCACCUUUGGACGGGUGGAACUUUGUCGAGAUUAAAAGCACCUCAUACUGCUUAUAAUAACUUCAAAGACGACAUGGAAGUAUUUUCCCCACUUGUGGAUGUUCAACCAAUCACACCAUCGCUUGAUAAGCUGUGGGAUGGUCAUGAUGAGGCUAGGAAAGAUCAUUUAUCAGCCGACAGAAAACCUACAGCUCUGCUAUUCCCAUCAUCAAUCAGGAGAUUUCCUUUCGCAGAUGAUGUGGGUUCGAAUUCUUCUCAUCCAGUCUUUGAUUGGAAAACCAGUUCAACUCCUAGACAGGAGGACGUUCGCUCUUCCUUAUUACACUUAGGGUCUACUCCUACUGCAUCUUGCAGGAGUGAAGAGUCUUUUGCUUCCACUCCUCCUGAAGCUUGGGGUGGUGAGAGUCUGACUGAUAAAUUCGAUAGCCUCCGCCAGCCAGUUACCUUAAAUGUUGGGCCGAGCUACACGAACCUGCGCAGCAACAGUAGUGUUUCUUCAAAUCAAGAGAGCUCCUCCACAUCCUCCUUCGGAUUUGCAGAACAUGCUCGUUUUAGUUCCGUAGCUACAUCGCUUGGUACAAAAAUCAGCUCUCCUCAGAAUGUUGAGUCUCCAAGAUCACCUGCACUACCUCGAAGGUUUUCCACAUAUGCAGAGAGAUUAAGCACUACCUCAUCUUUCAGUGACGGAGCAGCCCUGACGUCUGGCUCACCAAAAGCAAAGAAAACAGGAACUGAGACACGUGAAGAGCUCGUAUCUGGCUCUACAUCACAGCAACAGAGGGACACACCGCAGCCAGAUUUGCAACAGGCGACGUCUCCUUUUGCAGUUCAACUAGUCCAGCGCCUUCUUGAAGAAAAACUUUCAUCAGUCCAGAAAUCAAAUCAUGAGGACAUGAGGAACCUUCAUAUCGAGCUCUUAAGACAGUUUCACAUGCAGGAGAUACAGACAGCAAGUCAUAUAAACUCCCUUCAGGAAAAUAUAGUCGAGUUGGUGAAGGUAGUUCAAUCUCUUCAGAAAGAAGUGCAGCAACUUCGCCAAUCCCAAUCACUUUGAAUAACCCAUCUCUUAUUCAUUUUCCCCCCCGGUAGUAGUGGUUUGCUGGUUUUAUUUUUCCAAUUGAAUUUGCCAUUCAGCCAUUGGUAUGUCCUGGUAAUAGAUGGAUGAAAGUGUCUUAGAGAGACGCUUUAUAAGCUUUGCAUUUCUAACUGGAGCAAAAAUUAUGGGGAGAUGUCUCGUGUCAUUUUAUUAACUUCAUUUGUACAGUUAGUGUGGUGUGAUCAGCUGCAAGGCUUUGUUUUGAUCAAGAUUUGUGUUGGUUUCAUAUUUACACAGUUGUAUGUGUUGGUGAAAACUCUAUUUCGACCGCACUUCCGUUGGGAAAACAGAAAGACGUGGCUAGUCCAAAACCUAGUAGAUGUCUUGCAAAUUAUACAAGCUUUCUCGACUUUUUACUACUUGAGUUGUUUCUGUCCAUGAAUAUUGUAUAUAAUGUUAAAUUAGAUUAAUAUUGUAUUAAAAGAA